AUUUAUAUUUUUUUUAAUAGUUGAACCAAGACAAGUGUUACAAGACUCUUUGUAAUGUUUGUAAGAUUCAUCGCGAUCCAAAGGUGUGGUUAGACCCUUAUGCACUUCGGCCAGAAAGAUUUCUUACGAGCCAUAAAAAUGUUGAUUUCAUAGAAUAAUUUUUAAGAACAAGAAUAUGGAGCGAAGAAAAUAUCAAGAAAUGGAGCCAAAAAUCGCUCAUGGUGUGAAGCCAAAUACACAGAACAGAUCCUACGUCGAUGUGGUGAAAGGAUUACGAGGGGAACAAAAUAGGAAAAUUUGGCAAGAAAAAGGAACAGGGGAGAAUUGGUCAGGCAUGGAGUACAAGGUGAAACCUAAAGAAUAUGCAUGGCUGGAGGGAAGCUAUGAAGAAUAUGAAUCAUGGUCAACUGUUAGCGAUAAAGAGGAUCAUGAAUUCGAAGACACAGAAGGAUGGAAGCAAGAUACAGGAAGAACCAUUGAUGAAGAGAAAGAAGAAGAUGACGUGGCAAGUUGCAGGAAGGAAAGCAACGGUAAAAUCCAUUCACAAGAUUCAAAAGAAAGUGAGAAGACAGUUGAAGCAAUGCCUGAUAGCCUACAACAAAUUCAAAUUGUAAAUGAUGGAGAGCAUAGAGAAGAGACAGAGAAGGCAACACAGAGGAGUGGGAAUGUGAAGCUAGGUGUAAGUAUCGAUACAGAAAAGGAGAUCCAAUUGGGCCUAGUGGGACACAUAAUUAGGAAGCAAGUUGAAAAAGCAAACAAUAAGGGUGGCUGUUCAGAUGGUGAGGAAUCAAUAAUUAUGGGUCAGGCCCAAGAAAGUUUUGUGGGGACAAGCCUAUGCAAUGAUACAAUGAAGGCUAAAAUUGGAAAAUUGAAGAAAACUAUGGUCAGUAGCGAUGAAGAAACAAGGGAUUCUCUUUGGAAAGAUCUUGAGAUCAAUGAAGGCUAUCUAGAGGACUAGAUGGUGAGACGGGAAAUGGGAAACUAAAAGAUAAGGAGGAGAAAAAUUAGCACAUGUAGAUCAGUAUACAUGAGAGACAGAACCAGCUGUGAGGUAGUGUGAAGGAAAAGGGGGCGAAGAAAAUGGAGCAGAAACU